UUCGGUAGUAGAAUUUUUGCGGGAGAAGGAAACGCGCGAAGGUUCCGCAAACGUUCAUACGAACGAUAAAGAAAAGUUAUAUACGCUAGCCGAAUUGGGACGUGAACGACGACGGUGGCGACGGCAGCAGCGGGAUAGUUGUGCGUGUAGAAAACGGGAGAAGGAGAAGGCAAAGGCGGGGCAAAGCUGAGCAAAGCUCUCUCGAUGGUCGCGUCGUGGUAUGGAAUGGAGUGUGUCGCGUGACGGAACGGGAAAGGAUCAACGGUGGUAUAUGCAACGCAAUGCGGUGGGACGAGUUUCGCGAUCCAACGUCUGAUACGUAGUAAACCGAGCAUAGAAAAGUAACCACGCGGCGAUCAGUGGACGACGAGACUUAGGUGCACACAUAGGGAACCGUCGCAUAUAAUCGAAGAAGGCUGAGCAGUAGAAACUCUGUUUAUUUCUCGGUGGGGAGAAAACUUGAUGUACGAACGGCGGCGGUAACGAUGACAAGGAGACACGAAAAAGAUUGAAGAGAGUACGAGAGCACAUAGAGAGGGUAAAUGGAAGGGAAGAGAAGAUGAAUCGUGAGCGUAGAGAGGAAACAACGUUAGUAAGCCGGAAGCUUUUGAAUAGCGGUUGCAAGAGUAGUAGGAAGCCAACGCCUGUGCUGUGAGAUUUCGCAUGUAACCGGUAUAUAUACAUUAAAAUAACUUUACUUCGGGAGGACGAAAGAAAGAAAAGAAAGUGUAUCGACGUUAUUGCACGAAACUUUCAGGAUGGAAAGCAUGAACGGAGGCGAGUUUUGGUCCCUUCCCCCGAAACAGGCCCUCUACGAUCCGAUUCUGGAAAAAGACGCCUGUGGCGUUGGAUUCAUUGUUGCUAUAGAUGGGAAAAAAUCACACAAGAUCGUUCGCGAUGCAGAGACCCUCUCGGCACGUAUGAACCACCGUGGUGCUUGUGCCUGCGAUAACGAUACCGGAGACGGGGCCGGUGUUCUUUGCGCAAUUCCACAUGAAUAUUACGCCGAUGAAUUACGCGAACGACAAAACAUCGAAUUACCGGAAUUCGGUCGUUACGCCACUGGUAUUUUAUUUUUGGAUAAAAAUUCACACGAAGAAGCCGAAGCUGCGUUUGCAAAUUUAGCAGAAGAAUGCAAUUUGAGGAUAAUCUGUUGGCGUGAUGUUCCAACGGAUAAUACACGAAUCGGCGAAGUGGCACGAAAAUGCGAACCUUAUAUGCGCCAAGUCUUUGUCACUGGCGAUCAAGAUAAUAAUGGUAGUCUUGAACGACAGGUUUUCAUGUUGAGGAAAAGAUCGUCUCAUUCUAUACCACGACCAGGAAUCAGAUACUACAUAUGUUCACUUUCUAUACGAACGGUCGUUUACAAAGGGCAAUUAACGGCGGAUCAACUUUGGCUUUACUUUUUAGAUUUGAAGUGCUCGAAAUUUGAAACCUAUCUGGCAUUAGUGCACACGAGAUUCUCCACAAAUACAUUUCCCAGCUGGGAAAGGGCGCAUCCUCUUCGACUAUUAGCGCAUAAUGGUGAGAUCAACACCUUGAGGGGAAACGUAAACUUGAUGAAAGCUCGUGAAGGAGUGAUGAGCAGUGAGCUUUAUGGGGAACAACUGAAGCAGCUUUAUCCCGUGGUAGAACCAAAUCUUUCGGACUCAGGGGCCGUUGAUUGUGUUUUGGAAUUCUUGGUAAUGGUGGGACAACGAUCUUUACCAGAGGCAGUAAUGACGAUGGUACCGGAAGCAUGGCAGAACGAUUUAACGAUGGCAACGGAGAAACGCGAUUUUUAUCAUUGGGCUGCUUGUGCCAUGGAACCCUGGGACGGGCCAGCUCUUUUAACUUUUACGGAUGGACGUUACGUUGGUGCUAUUCUAGACAGAAACGGCCUGCGCCCAUCGCGCUUCUACGUCACUAAGGAUAACAUGAUGGUGAUGGCGUCCGAAGUGGGCGUCUAUGAUACUCCGCCCAGCAAUGUAGUCCUGAAGAGUCGUUUGAAACCCGGAAGAAUGUUACUAGUCGACACACACGAGAAGAAAAUUAUAGAGGACGUUGAACUCAAGCUGCAAAUUGCUAGAAGUAGGCCUCACUCCAAGUGGGUGAAAGAUCAGGUUGUCACGGAAGAAGUAGCCAAAAGGAACGCGAUGAACGAUACCAAUCCGAUAUCCGCUGUGAAUCGAGUUUGGGGAGGCGAUAAAAGGCUGUCCCUUUAUGGAUACACCCUUGAAACCAUUAAUAUGCUUCUUUUGCCGAUGAUGCAGUCCAAGAAAGAAGCAUUGGGUUCCAUGGGUAACGACGCGCCACUUGCUUGUCUUUCUCAAUUUCAACCGCUUAUCUACGAGUACUUUAAACAGUUGUUUGCUCAGGUCACAAAUCCUCCGAUAGACCCGUUCAGAGAGAAGAUCGUAAUGUCGAUGCUUUGUCCUAUCGGGCCUGAAAGCAAUAUCCUCGAACCAAACGAACUACAAGUGCAUCGAUUAUUUUUACCACAACCGAUACUCUCCUUGGAGGACCUUGAGAUAAUCAAACGAACGAAAUAUCGUGGAUGGAAAACUAAAGUGAUCGACGCAACGUAUCCUGUGGAAGAUGGUCCAUCUGGAUUAAUGAAUACACUAAAUCGUGUUAGUCAAGAAGCUAAUCGGGCUGCGAAACAAGGUUAUCAGUUUCUGGUUCUCUCUGAUAGGGAGGCUGGUCCGGAAAGGGUGCCUGUGAGCAGCCUGCUGGCAUUGGGUGCAGUGCAUCAUUAUCUAAUCGAAGAACGACAACGUAUGAAGGUUGGUCUCAUUCUGGAAACCGGUGAGGCUAGAGAAGUGCAUCACAUUUGCUUGUUACUUGGAUACGGGGCAGAUGCCAUUUGUCCGUAUCUCGUGUUCGAAAUGGCAAGAAAUCUUCGAGCAGACGGUGUACUCGAUUCGUCGUUGACCGACAACGCUCUAUGCGCGAACUAUGCCGUAGCAAUGGAGAGGGGUAUAGGAAAAGUAAUGGCAAAGAUGGGAAUCUCUACGUUACAGUCGUAUAAAGGAGCUCAAAUAUUCGAAGCAGUCGGUUUAUCUGACCAAGUUAUCGAGAAAUGUUUCAAGGGCACACAAUCUCGCAUCGGUGGAGUUACCUUUGAUAUUUUAGCGAAAGAAGCGUUUGAAAGGCAUCAAAUCACGUACUGGAGAAAACCUAUGGAUAUGCUUGUUAUUCGAAAUCCAGGCAUUUAUCAUUGGCGAUCUGGUGGAGAAAAACAUAUAAACGAUCCAGAUAGUAUUGCUAAUUUGCAGGAUUACGUAAGUUCAAAGAAACAGAACGCUUAUGCGAAAUACCAGAAAACUACGAUGGAAAUGGUGAAAGCUUGCACGUUACGAGGUCAACUGGAACUAGUAGAAAGGACAGAAAACUCGGUACCCAUCGAACAAGUUGAGCCAGCGUCUGAAAUCGUGAAGCGAUUUGUAACCGGAGCUAUGAGUUUUGGAAGCAUUUCUAUAGAAGCACAUACGACUUUAGCGAUCGCGAUGAACCGUAUCGGCGGUAAAUCGAACACCGGUGAAGGUGGUGAAAAUGCUGACAGAUAUCUGAAUCAAGAUCCAGAGUUCAACAAACGAUCGGCGAUUAAGCAAGUUGCCAGCGGUAGGUUCGGUGUAACCUCGAGUUACUUAGCAAACGCUGACGAUCUUCAAAUUAAAAUGGCACAAGGAGCAAAGCCUGGAGAAGGAGGCGAGUUGCCUGGUUAUAAGGUUACCGCUGAAAUCGCUGCGACGAGACAUUCGGUACCCGGCGUAGGUUUAAUUUCGCCACCUCCACAUCACGAUAUCUAUUCGAUCGAGGAUCUUGCAGAAUUGAUUUACGACUUAAAGUGCGCAAAUCCCAAUGCGCGUAUUUCUGUCAAGUUAGUGUCGGAAGUAGGAGUAGGUGUAGUCGCAGCAGGUAUAUGUGUAUAUGAUGUGCUUUUUCUUUUAAUUUUAUAUCAUAUAAAAUAUGCCGGGUUACCGUGGGAAUUAGGAGUUGCGGAAACCCAUCAGGUUUUAACUUUGAAUAACCUUCGAUCACGUGUCAUCGUUCAAGCGGAUGGGCAAAUGCGUACAGGAUUCGAUGUAGUGGUUGCGGCUCUUUUAGGUGCUGACGAAUUUGGUUUUAGUACCGCACCUUUAAUUUCUAUGGGUUGCACCAUGAUGAGAAAGUGCCAUUUAAACACCUGUCCUGUGGGUAUUGCAACGCAAGACCCUUCGCUUCGAAAAAAAUUCGAAGGAAAACCGGAACAUGUGAUUAAUUUCUUCUUCGCAUUGGCAGAAGAGGUACGUUCGUACAUGGCUAGCUUGGGAUUACGUAAAUUUCAAGAUCUAAUUGGCCGUACAGAUCUGUUGAAAAUACGCAGUGAUAUCUCGGUAGAGAAAGCUAAAACGUUAAGACUCGAUAAUAUUUUGCGUAAUGCACUUGAACUCCGACCAGGAAUAAAUAUCCAGGGGGGAUCGGUAAAACAAGACUUUCAAUUAGAAAACAGAUUGGAUAAUCAUGUGAUCGAGUUGGCCUCGGAUGUGUUAAAUGGAAAAAAGGAUAGUGUUGACAUCGAGUUAAAUAUUAAUAACGAGAGUAGGGCAUUUGCAUCGACUUUGAGUUAUCGUAUCUCAAAAUUGUACGGAGAAAAAGGACUUCCAGAAGGUAGCAUCAACAUAAAAAUGAAAGGUUCUGCGGGUCAGAGUUUCUGUGCUUUCAUGACGAAGGGCAUUCACGUUACUCUAGAAGGAGAUGCCAACGAUUAUGUUGGCAAAGGUCUGUGUGGAGGAGAGAUCGUUAUAUAUCCACCAAAGGAUUCUAUAUUCAAGUCUGAUGCGAAUGUAAUCGUUGGUAACGUUUGCCUUUAUGGUGCAACUUCUGGCAAAGCGUACUUCCGAGGAAUCGCUGCCGAAAGAUUCAGUGUUCGUAACAGUGGAGCGACAGUUGUGGUCGAAGGCGUUGGAGAUCAUGGAUGCGAGUACAUGACUGGUGGUUGUGCAAUUAUUCUAGGACUUACUGGACGAAAUUUCGCGGCCGGGAUGUCUGGUGGUAUAGCCUACGUGUUAGAUGUAGACGGAUCGUUCAAAAGCAAAUGUAAUCCUGAAAUGGUGGAACUGCUUCCUUUAAAUAAACAAGAGGAUAUAGCAUACGUGAAGGUACUUUUAGACGAGUUCCUUGAGAAAACCGGUUCUCUGGUAGCUCUAGAUCUUUUAAAGUUGUGGCCUGAACCAACGACGCGAUUCGUUAAGGUAUUUCCAUACGAAUAUCAGCGGGCGUUGAAGCAACUCGAAGAAGCUAAACAAGUACAACCGAUUCUGAAUGGAAAUUCUCACGAUCAGUUAAACGAUCGAGUUAAAGAUAUCGAGGAUGUUGUUGCAGAUGUUGAUAUGGAACAACGUAAAUUGGAUAAAAUAAGAGGAUUUAUGAAAUAUAAGAGACAAAUGAGCGUUUAUCGGCCGGCGGAAAACCGAAUUGCCGAUUGGGAUGAAAUUUACAAUUUUCAAGGAGUCCGUAAAGGAUUGCGUGUACAGGCAGCGAGGUGCAUGGAAUGUGGCGUACCAUUUUGUCAAAGUAGUCAUGGUUGCCCGUUGGGAAAUAUCAUUCCUAAAUGGAACGAUCUUGUUUUUCAGUCGAAUUGGAAAGAGGCUUUAAAUCAAUUGCUACAAACUAAUAAUUUCCCUGAAUUCACAGGAAGAGUUUGUCCUGCUCCGUGUGAAGGAGCCUGCGUGUUGGGUAUAUCGGAACCAGCUGUUACGAUCAAGAACAUCGAAUGCGCGAUAAUUGAUUACGCGUUCGAGCAAGGUUGGAUAGGACCGCAUCCACCAACAACAAGAACCGAUCGACGAAUAGCCGUAGUUGGCUCCGGUCCAGCUGGUUUAGCAGCAGCUCAUCAAUUAAAUAAGGCGGGCCAUCUGGUAACCGUUUACGAAAGAAACGACCGAAUCGGGGGUUUGUUGCAGUACGGCAUACCAACUAUGAAACUAUCGAAACAAGUUGUGCAAAGAAGAGUUUCUCUUCUUGCAGCAGAGGGUAUAACAUUUAAGACGGGCGUUGAUGUUGGAAAACAUAUCUCCGUUAAGGAAUUACACGAACAGUACGACGCAGUUUUAUUGUGCACUGGUGCAACUUGGCCAAGAGAUUUGCAAAUACCAGGUCGACAUUUGGAAGGUAUUCAUUUUGCUGUAAGCUUCCUGGAACAUUGGCAGAAGAAACAAAUGGGGAACGAUGCUCCGCUAGAUAUGCGACUGAUGGCUAAAGAUAAAGAUGUCAUUAUAAUAGGUGGCGGUGACACUGGUUGUGACUGCAUAGCUACGUCUUUACGGCAGGGAGCCAAAACGAUUACUACUUUUGAAAUUUUACCGGAACCACCAAGUAAAAGAGGUCAAGAUAAUCCCUGGCCCCAAUUUCCGCGUGUAUUUAAAGUGGAUUAUGGUCACGAAGAAGUUUCGCUUAAGUUUGGCCGAGAUCCACGCCAAUUCAGUACAUUGAGUAAGGAAUUUUUAGACGAUGGUAAUAGCCACGUAAGUGGCAUCAAAACAGUAUCAGUUUCAUGGACGAUGGAGAACGGUCGUUGGAAAAUGGAAGAAAUUCCUGGAACAGAAAAGGUAUACAAAUGUAACCUGGUUUUACUCGCGAUGGGUUUCCUGGGUCCAGAAAAAUAUAUCGCGACAGAGUUAAAUAUGAUAAUGGAUGAGAGAGGUAACUACAAAACACCGAUCGGUCAAUACGAAACAAGUUUAGCUGGAAUAUUUGCGGCGGGAGAUUGCCGGCGAGGACAGUCCUUGGUGGUGUGGGCGAUCACAGAAGGUAGACUAGCCGCAAGAGAAAUAGAUUUAGCCCUAAUGGGAGAAACUGGUCUUCCUGUAUCCGGUGGUGUUAUAACCGGUGUUGUGGCUUAAAACGUGAAUGUUUGCCACGCGCCGUCGUACGUCCGUUCGAACUCGAUGACUACUUCUCUUUUGUCCUUUUUUUUUUUCCUUUUUCCUAACAUGUUCUCCUUUGCCUUCCCGUGAUGAUUAAGUCAUGAUGUAAAGAACGCGAUCGAUGCAGUACGGUAGGUAGGAGGCUAGUAGUACUGUUUAAUGAGCAAAAGAGAAACGCGAGAACAAGAGAAAGUGAAGCAGUAUUAUUUUAUCGCACGUUCUCUCGCGAUAUCGAAAGCAUCGAGAAUCGAGGUGUGUGUGUGUGUGUGUGUGCGCACGCGCGCGCGCGUGUGCAUGCAUGUAUGUGUAUGAUUGCGCGCGCGCGUGUAUGUGUGUGUGUUUCGCUUUGGGAAUCGCCGAAAAGUGACAACCGAAGUGCGAGAAGUUUUGCAUUUUUGUUUUGAGUUGUAUCACGUCGUAUCACGAGUUGCCAUCCCGUCCGAUGUUUAUUCGUUUCUGUGGGAGAGAAUAAUUAAAGGAGUAGCGCUCUAAGCUGCAUCAAGAAGAAAUAAUCGUAGAUCUACCUCGUAUUCUCCUUUAUAUUUCUUGCUUGUUUCACGAGGUAAUACGAAUCACUCUAUGCGAUUAAAAUCGGUUUUAAAAUGUAAUAUGACCAAUACAAUUUCAGCGAACGACCAUACGUCGAAUGUUACUUAUAUUAACAGAAUCGAAAUAAAACCUGUAAACCGCAUUUUUUGAAGCUAGUACUAAACAGUGCAAAAGUUUACGUAAAAGUAGCAUUUUGUAUUCGACCUCGCGGUGUUUUUUCUUAUUUUUUAAUUUGUAGCUUUUAGUAUGCUAUCGUCAGUACAUCGUAGUACAAUGUGUACGCCACACGAAUAUGUACACAUAGACUCACUUUAAAAAAAAUUUAUUACAGGAUAUUUAUUUUUCAAAACACGCAUGCAUACACUCGCGCAUAUACGCACGCACAGUGAUAAAAUGCGUAUGGAAUUUCCUUGAUUGUAAAAAACUUUCAUACACCGACAAACUGUAUCCGUUUGUUACGC